CGUGUGUCAGCCGGGGAGAGGUUGUGGGUUAAGUUCAAAGUUGAUUAAGCAGGGUUACUUUAAGUUUUUUAUACCUACACUGAUUACAAGUUAGAAAAUAUCUGCAAUGUUAUCAGUUUAGUUAUUAAUCCGCCUAUGUUGACUGUUAUACUGAAUAAUUCAAUUAAUUAAUUGUUUAAAAUUAUAUAAAAGAUGUUAAAGAAUAUUGUUGGAUUAGUGACUGGCGGUGCCUCGGGCUUGGGAAGGGCCACAGUCGAACAUCUUGUCAAGCAAGGAGGAAAAGUAGUUAUUUGUGAUCUUCCAACAUCACAAGGACAAGAACUGUCGUCAAAGUUAGGACCAAAUGCUGUCUUUGUUCCUGUAGAUGUAACCUCUGAGACUGAUGUUCAAACUGCUUUACAAGUGGCCAAAGAGAAGUUCAACCGCUUGGAUGUAGCUGUAAAUUGUGCUGGCAUUGGAGUAGCUUUUAAGACUUACAACUUCAACAAAAAACAACCUCACCAGUUACAAGACUUUAUCAAAGUUUUAACGGUAAACACAGUCGGUAGUUUUAAUGUGGCUCGGCUGUCUGUGGGAUUGAUAGGAGAAAACAAUGCCGACGAGAAUGGACAACGAGGGCUGGUUGUGAAUACGGCAAGUGUGGCAGCUUUUGAGGGGCAAGUUGGCCAAGUGGCGUAUGCUGCUAGCAAGGGGGCCAUCGUAGGAAUGACUCUUCCCAUGGCUCGAGAUUUGGCUUCGCAAGGCAUCCGGGUGUGCACCAUUGCACCAGGUCUGUUCGACACACCUUUGCUGUCAUCAUUACCAGAAAAGGUGAGAAACUUUUUAGCAAGAACUAUUCCAAACCCAUCUCGUCUUGGUAAGCCUGAAGAGUUUGCUUUAUUGGUUGAAGCAAUAAUUAGAAACCCUGUCCUCAAUGGAGAGGUUAUACGAUUAGAUGGAGCACUGAGAAUGCAGCCUUAGAGUAGUUUACCAUCUAGUACGCUAAUUAAAUGAAAAUAGUUUUAGUUUAAGAUUGUCUAUUGUUCCAUUCAGAACUUUAAAGAGUGUUGGGAUUAAGAAUUUGUAUUUCCUCUUCAGCACAGUUAGUGCAAUGAGCAAAUUUAAUCUGUGGGCUAGGUACAGUCAACAAUCAUUGAUCAGAUUUCAUUGAUAUAAAUAGAAUCCAUAUAAUAAUGUAGUAAAGUAUUGAGACUGCAGUAGUAGCCUUAACGUCAAUUAGAAUACAAAACAAAUAUUUAUAGAGAUAAAGGGUUGUAAUAUCUCAUAGACGAACUAAGGCAAGCUUUAUCCUAUGUAUUGCAUAAAAAGUAAGUUUUAUAUGGAAAUCAGGUACAGUUGAAUGUUAAUGUUUUAAAACAUCAACAUGAUUUUUGAUCUUUGAAGUCUGCUAUAUCUAUAAUUUUACAAAUCUAGCCAAGAAUGUCUAUGUCAAUGUAUGUUUUGUGUAGUGUGGAUAAUAACACAUAUUAAAACUAUUAUACUGGACAAACAAAUGAAUUUCCAUACUCAAUAAUUAAAUUAUUCUCGAUAAUUUAUUUUAUUUUCCGGCUUCGAACCAUGUGUUAUUUACUUAGUUUAUUGAAUAUCUAAAAAUUUCAAAAAUAAUAACUGAAUUCUAGUAUUUUGUUCUAUGAAGCAGAUUGUAUAAAUUUUACUAACAUAUUUUCAUUGAUGCAUAUGACCAUUUGAAUAAUUACAUAUAGUCAAUUUGGAAAAUGUAUCUAAAUGUGUCAAUGGUUAAUAACUUGGAUUUUAGCUUUGGGGUGAAAAAGAAGUUAGAUUAUUAUUAGAGAUCAUGUAAUCAGAUGGAUGAAAUUGUUUAUUAUUUUAAGUUUAGGUGUUGAAAGGAUGAUUUUUUCCCAUAAAUAUUAAACAUUAAUUCAGUGCCAAUGUAUUAUACAAAGUUACAAAACUAAGCUAAAAACUAAUGAAAACUAACAUAUUUAUUAUGAUUUUUAUUAUGACAUAUAUUUUUAUAGUCUCCAGCUGGAAACAAGUUUAAUAUUUUAUUUAAAACAUAUUAUUUAAAUCAACUGAAAAAUCACUUUUUACACAUCCCUAUUACUGUCAACAGGUUGUUAGAACAAACAAUGGCAAGAUAAAAUUAUCUCAAAUUAAUAUUUUUAAACAGCAGAUUUGGUUGAAAAUAAACUUUUAGUUUAUGUUUAAAUUAUUUAUUUCCAUCAACUUUAGUGAGGAAAUUUUUCUCUACUCAAGUUAACCCAGUUUAGGGUCAGGGUUUUACUAGAGUAAACCCUGACCCUAGCCAAUACUAGUCCUGAGUUUUAGGUUGUAUACACUUGCCAUAUAUCAGACUUAUCCAUGUGACUUCAUGCCUACAUUGUUAGAAAUAAAUUUAAUAAAUCUUAUACAAUUUUUAAUAUUAUAGUGUGGUAGUUUUUGUACUAUGUACGUUUUGUACUGAAUAAAUUCUGUUAAUUAUG